AUGUCGACACUCAACGAGAUCACUUCUGAGCACGAAUUCAAUUCCACCUUGAACUCCACCUCUCCAUCCACACUCCUAGUCCUGUCAUUCCACACCCCAUGGGCGGCACCAUGCACGCAAAUGCGCACCAUCCUUGAAACACUCGCCUCGACCUACCCCGUCAAAGAGCCACCCACCGCGUCCUUCCUCUCCAUCAACGCCGAAGACCUCCCCGAAAUCUCCGAAUCGUACGAUGUCACCGCCGUGCCCUUCCUCGUCCUCCUCAGAGACGGCAAAACGGUGGAGACGGUCAGUGGCAGCGAUGCAAGCAAGGUGAGAGAGGCAGUCGAGAAGCAAGCCGGGAAGAUGGGCAACAGUGGAAAGCUGGGACUGCCACCAGCGCUAGAAGCUACGCCGAGGAAGGAGGACGAGUCGAGCACGAACGGGACGGGGCCGGCUAGAGAUCUGUCUGCAUAUGCACCGAAGCCAUCAGAUCCUCCCACUGCUCCAGCGAUGUCAUCCGGCGCCUCAUCGAAGGAGGAGCUGCAUACCCGACUCUCCAACCUGGUCAAAGCUGCACCGGUGAUGCUCUUCAUGAAAGGGACGCCGAGCCAGCCGCAGUGUGGAUUCAGCAGGCAGCUGGUCAGCAUCCUGCGCGAGAACAGCGUCAAAUAUGGCUUCUUCAACAUCCUUGCCGACGAUGAGGUAAGGCAGGGCUUGAAGGAAUUUGCCGACUGGCCUACAUUUCCCCAACUGUGGACGAAUGGCGAUUUGGUCGGUGGUCUUGAUAUUGUCAAGGAGGAAGUGGAAUCAGAUCCGGACUUCUUCAAGGAGUUUUCGGUCGCAAAGGACGGUGGCCCAGCUGCGCCGGAGGCUCAGGCACAACCUCCAGCUGCUGCUGUCUAG